CCAAAAGGACCCAUAAUUUCGAUAUAUACCCACGGUUUUCAUAAUCGCCGCGAGCAUCGAACAUUGAACAUUGAACAUUCCCCCUCUGCUGCCCACUUGAUCUGAAAAUGGCCCUCGAAGCUGCGGUCAAGGCUGCCGUGGGCGCGCCCGAUCUUAUUGGGGACUGCCCUUUCAGCCAUCGGGUUCUGUUAACUUUGGAGGAGAAGAAACUUUGCUACGAAUUGCAUCUCAUUAAUUUAUCCGACAAACCCAGUUGGUUCUUGGAAGUGAGCCCCGGAGGGAAGGUGCCGGUGGUGAAGUUUGAUGGCAAAUGGGUAUCUGAUUCUGAUGUCAUUGUGGGGAUUCUUGAGGAGAAGUACCCUGAGCCUUCGCUUGUUACUCCUCCUGAAAUUUCUUCUGUGGGAUCAAAGAUAUUUGAUGCAUUUGUAAAAUUCUUGAAGAGCAAGGAUGCAAACGAUGGUUCAGAGCAGGCUCUCCUCGAAGAGUUGAAGGCAUUGGACGAGCAUCUCAAGGCACAUGGUCCCUAUGUUGCUGGAGACAAGGUAACUGCUGUCGACUUGAGUCUUGCACCAAAGUUAUACCAUCUUGACGUUGCUCUUAGCCAUUUCAAGAAUUGGUCUAUCCCCAAAGAGUUAGCCAGCUUAAUCGCCUACAAAGAGUUGCUUUUCGCUCGAGAAUCGUUCGUGAAGACGAAGGCCGAGCCGAAAUAUGUGAUUGCUGGAUGGGAGCGCAAGGUGAAUCCUAAAUGAAUCAAGAUAAGUGUUCACCCCAAGUUAUGAAACCAUUGGGGGUUUAAUCUUGAGAAUGGUUAUGUGUUUGCUAUUUUCCGUUGUUUCCCGAACUAGUGUACUUUCAUAUAUGCCUCAAUAAAAUAAAUGCAUUUAAAACUCGGAGGUUGAUGA